GGAACGGGCGCGUGCGUUCGCGUCGACCAUGUAAGUGCGUCGCGGGACCGUCGAGUUCAAUUCCGAAGGCAACGAACCAAUUACCGAUACUUUUUUUCUUAGUUUAACGCAUUACCAUCGAUAAGGAUGCUGGUCCAAGUCACUUUAAGUAUAAUAUUGUUCCUGCAAAUGUUACACCGCAGUUCGGAGAUCUCGCUGAAAUCAUCAACGUCGAAACCACCGCAAAGCAACAACCACCAGAACAUUUCCAAUCUCCUGGAUAAUCUUCUUAGUGGAUACGACAACAGUGUCAGGCCAGAUUUUGGUGGUCCGCCGGCCGUCGUCGAGGUUGACAUCAUGGUCAGGAGCAUGGGACCCAUCUCCGAGGUGGACAUGACCUACUCCAUGGACUGUUACUUCCGACAAUCCUGGAUCGACAGGAGACUGGCGUUCUCCGGAAACUCGAGUGAUACUCUAGCUUUAAGUAUAUCGAUGUUGGCCAGGAUCUGGAAGCCGGAUACUUAUUUCUAUAAUGGGAAGCAGUCUUAUCUUCACACCAUCACCACGCCAAACAAAUUCGUUAGGUUGUACCAAGAUGGAAGAGUACUUUAUUCAUCAAGGCUGACCAUCAAAGCAGGAUGUCCGAUGAAUUUAGAGGAUUUCCCUAUGGAUAUUCAGAGAUGUCCACUUAAAUUUGGAUCUUUUGGAUACACAAACCAGGACGUAAUAUAUAAAUGGAACCAGCAUCGUCAGGUGGCAAUCGCAGAAGACAUGAAACUGUCACAGUUCGACUUGAUCGCAACUCCCGCAGCAAACAACACGGAUACGUUGCCGAACAGCGAUACCCUAACAGGUUAUCGCCCUAGCAUCAACACUCCUAUUCACCUUACUGAAUAUUCGAUGCUUUUGGUUAGUUUCCAUCUUCAAAGACACAUGGGGAACUUUCUAAUACAAGUUUAUGGCCCUUGUGUGUUACUGGUGGUAUUAUCCUGGGUAUCUUUUUGGUUAAACCGGGAAGCAACAGCUGACAGAGUCUCUUUAGGUAUAACAACGGUUCUCACGAUGACAUUUCUUGGACUGGAAGCGAGAACAGAUCUACCAAAAGUUCCGUAUCCCACAGCUUUAGACUUUUUUGUAUUCCUGUCAUUUUCUUUUAUCUUUGCUACAAUUAUCCAGUUUGCAGUGGUUCAUUACUUUACCAAGUACGGUUCAGGUGAAUGCUACUUCAGCUCUGACUUCAACUCCGACUCCAGUAGCGACGAAGAAGAUUGGGUCCCGGUCGAAAAGGAAGUUCACACGCCGACGAUAUCCGGAUCCAGUACAAGAAAGAAUAGCACAGCUUUGCCCUACGCCAGCUAUCACACCAACGACCACCUGUUGGAGGUAAUUCCCCUGUCAGCCUGCACGAUACCAUUGGCUCCAGCCAGACGUUCUUCGUGGUCGACAUUGUCCGCCUGUAUUGGCAAAUCCGAGACCAACUCUAAUUACAUCUCGGGACCAGAACCUGCGAUUUCUGCAAACAAACCUCCAUAUCCGAACCGAUCGAAGCACCAUCGUAAGAAAAGACGUACUCCGCGGUUCAAUUCUGUCUCAAAGAUCGACCGAGCGUCCAGGAUAUUUUUUCCAUUGUUGUUUAUUACUAUCAAUAUGUUUUAUUGGUACUCAUAUCUGUCCAGAACGAAUCGAAUACAAAAUUUGAAUGUCAAGUAGAAAAUUUAAGUGGGUUGGCUGGAGCACUUACGAUUUAGAACCCUGUUAGAUUAAACUAUAUUUAGUGAGCUUCUUUUAGAAUAAUUUUACGACUAACAGACUAAUUAAAUAUAUAUGUGUACCCAAUUGAGGAGGUACUGUAUUAAAAACUGCCAUUAUUUAUUAUUUAUUUGUUCAUUUAAUUUUGCAUCAGAUAAUUUACGAUAAAACUAGAGAGUGUAUAUGCUAUAAUAUCGGUGGAUAUGAGGACCAAUGUAAAAUGUUUUGUGCUGUCACUGGACUAGUUUAGCCACCAACAACAAUAUUUGAACAUUUCUUUCCAUAAAUUAAUAUUACUGAUUUGUACAUUUAGUGUUUCUAAAAGAAGAGGUGCCCGGCAAUAUACUAUGUAAUUUUGUUGAAGG